AUGUACCCGAGCUCUGCUUCUAUCAGACAAACGGCUCAGGCUCUGUCACUGAACAGUCAGUACAUUCCGCCUCCGUAUGACUUCCCCAGCUACCACCAUCACGUCACGGGAGUCGGUGAUUUGUCGGCAAGUACCUGGAACCCCCUUUACGCGCCCCGGGAGGAGUAUCCCUACAGCUUCCCGGGGUCAAGCCCCAACACCGCGCAGGUCAACUUCACCUACCCGGAUCUGAGCAACGUUCCUUCCGCCGCUGGAGGGGGAUCGCUCACCCCUUACAAUUUCAUCUCUGGACAGGAUCCCCUCAUUCCCAGGAAAAGACCACAGGAGCCCGUUAAACAAACAACUUCAGGUGGGAAGACUCGCACUAAGGACAAGUACAGGGUGGUGUACACUGACCACCAAAGGAUGGAGCUUGAGAAAGAGUUUCAGUUCAACCGCUAUAUCACAAUGAGAAGGAAGUCAGAGCUGUCAAUGGCACUCAGCCUUUCCGAGAGGCAGGUGAAGAUCUGGUUUCAGAACAGACGUGCCAAGGAGAGGAAGAUCAACAGGAAGAAGUUGCAGCAUUCCCAGCAGGCCUCAACAACCACACCCACCCCACCUGUACUGUGUGCACACAGUGACACCCACAACCCCGUGAGCCCCAGCAGGAACAUUUUGUCAGACGCAGUAUCGGAGGAGUACUAGGUGAAGUCUAUGUGAAAGACUGGCACU